GGAGGAGAGACUUGAUGUACUUGAGAGUACAGUUCGUAAUACUUAUUUUUCAUAAAUGUAUACUAUAGACUUUAAGACAACCAUUUUAAACUGCAUAAUAAAGCAAUUAUUAUUAUAAUUAGAUAAAGUUUUUGCAUUGCAUUUUUCUCAAGGUGAACUUCAUAAUUUUUAGCAUUUAAACCUUUUUCAAUUUGGUUAACUUACUGUUGUUACCUGAUUUAAAGUGGACAAACUGCUUGUGGAGUCUUAAACUUUUGUUAUUUUGCAGCGUAUUAAUCUUAAUCAGCACACAUUCUAAUGAUCUUCAUAUAGUUGCCACGUACUAAUAACCCAAAAACUAGUUCGUUUGCCCGGCGUAUAAAAAGGCGAGACAACCAAAUAUAAUAUUUAAAAUUAUUUCAUCGACGCGGCCUUAAACGUUCAAUACGGAACUAUUCGAAAGUGAAAUUCAUAAACUUUUAAAUCUCAAAUAGCAGCAGGAUACUUCAUCGAGGACUCUUACUGUCUAUUAUGAUUACGUGGCAAUUAUGGUGUACUCUAUUGUGUGUUUUGUGGUUUUAUUUUCUGUGGACACGUCGUCGAUAUUACAAGUUAAUAUUUCAAAUUCCUGGGCCAGUGGGUUACCCCUUAGUUGGCACAGGAUACAAAAUGCGCCAUAACGAAGAGGUGCUGCUCACAUUCAAACACUAUUUGGAUAAACAUGGUCCGUCGUAUUUGUUUUGGUUGGGGCCCCUGCCUUAUUUUAUCACCACCGAUCCCCAAUUGAUACAGGAUAUUUUCAACUCACCGCAUUGCAUUAACAAGGGUUUCGUCUACAAGGCACUUGAAGAUGUCGCUGGCCAGGGAUUAUUCACUGCGAAAGAGCAGCUUUGGAGUGUACAUCGCAAGUUAUUUAAUCCAGUCUUUGCCCACAAGAUGUUACUCAGCUUUAUACCUAUCUUCAACGCGGAGACAGCAAAUCUGCUCAAGACGGUAGAUAAACUGGUGGAUUGUGGCGGACACGAUCUGAUACCAGUGAUGCAUGGUUUCUCUUUAGGCAUAACAAGUCAAACCACAAUGGGAAGUGAUGUAAAGUAUUGUGAGUACAUUCGUACUAACAAAUUGAUCGAAGCUUUUCAGAGUCUUGCAGAUAAUGUCACAGCUAUAGGCAUUUCGCCAUGGUUACUUAGUAAAACGGUGCGCAUAUUACUGGGUAAGGAGGAAGAAUACUCUAGAGCAAAGUUGGAGAUAAAAGAAUUCCUCGAAGAGGUGGUUAAAGUUAACUAAAUUUAAGUGAACUUUGAAGUUACCUACGGCGAUACCCAGAAUAUGGUUUAUUUGGAUCUAAUUAUCAAUGAAUCGAUGCGUGUGCUGUCCCCAGGACCACUUGUGGCACGACAGACAACGAAGGAAGUGCGUCUUUCCAAUGGAGUUGUUCUUCCUAGAGGAAUUCAGAUUGCUAUAGACAUCUUUCACUUGCAUCGGGAUAAGAAUCUCUGGGGAGAAAAUGCGGAAACUUUUGAUCCCGAUCAUUUCCUCCCACAUAACAUGCAGGAUAAGCAUCCAUAUUCAUUCAUUCCUUUUACUAAAGGAAUUCGCAAUUGUAUAGGUUGGAGAUAUGGUUUAAUAGCGAUCAAAGUGGCAAUGGCAAAAUUGCUAAGAAAUUAUAAAUUCUCAACUAGCUUUAAAUUUGAAGAUCUUCGCUUUUGCGAGCAUGUAACUUUGAGUUUAGAGACAGUUCCUUUACUGGAAGUUCAGAGAAGAGAUUACUAGUGUAUGAUUCAUCUUAAAAAGUUGAUAUUUACAAUUGUUUUGGUACAUAAUAAAAAUAGUUAAAUAGCCUUGAACUGACUAUUGUAUAUACAUACUUAUAGAACAAUAUUUUUCUAAUAAUAUAAAAUUGUUUAUGAAAUGCGAGCGAAGCUCAGGACCACAGCUGCUGGAUUUCUUUAUAACUUACUAUAUGUUCUUAAAUAAAGCAAUUACUUUAAUAUAAUAUGUUAUGUUUUUCUCAAAAUAAACAUGUUUAUAAUUGGAGAGAAAAAGUUUUCUGAAUUUAG